UGACACCAAACUGUCUGACAAUACUUCCGUUUCAGUCGAAGCCAAAUUUCGCAUGAAUCGAUCAGAAAUGUUCACGAGUCCGCCGGAUUUCGAAGAAAUGACUUGUUGACUUAAUUCUUGUGUUGUAUUGUUUUUAAGAGAAAGAGAAGGAGAGAGUAAGGUCACAUUCUCACCAAGAGGUGAAUGAAAGUAAAAAGAUGUCAUUAUCUCGAGUAAUUCAAGACGACAUAGGGUGAUUUGUGUAGCAAGUCUCCCCACGGAACAACACCAUUACUGAUGUCUACGCCAUGAUCUAGCACAUUAAUAUCAAUCAAACUCUUCAUUAAUCCCCCCUCCCCCUCCCUGAGCCACAUGUACAACAUACCCGCCAAUAAGUGAAUCGAUAGCCUCGACUUAAAGCUUCCACGUGUUGUUGUUUUUUUUUCCAGCCUACUCUCUAACUCCUUCUUCCCACACAAUGAGCAGACACAAGAGUGCAGACGGCAUCGCGACUUUGCUCUCAGAAAGCGAGGGAAAAACUGAUUUCUUCCUGUUUUGACAUUCGUCUAUUUAGAUUAAAUGUUUGGAAGUGUCGGUCCGUCGAAUGAUCCGUAGUGGACUAACUGACCUCAGGGAUUUUUUCUCUUCUUUUUAAAUUUUUCUUUCAGUUCUAUCAGGAUGAUGAAUCUUAGGAUUCCUGUAUUGAUGUCCUAGCUCUACAAAAUGUCACAGAUGUGCCAUAGAGCUGUUCACGUUUCAGUGGUGCUAUAGAUUCUGCACAUAGAAGACAUGGUGGGCGGUCCUGUGUCUCAAUCUAAAAGCCCAUACCAGCGUGCUAGACUACGUCAUGUAGAGAUACCGCUGGAGACUAUUAAAUAUGGUCACAGAAUGGAUCCACAGGAGCGCGUCUUUCUUGACGCCGUGGAGAAAGGGGAUGUGCCGACUGUGAUACGCUGUCUGAGUAGCGAGCCUCCGGUCAGUGUCAACUGCACGGACAUGCUGGGUCGGUCAGCCAUUCAGAUAGCCGUGGACAAUGAGAACAUCGAGCUGGUGGAACUGCUUCUGAGCCAAGAAGGAGUCAAAAUAGGUGAUGCAUUGCUGUACGCCAUACGAGAAGGAGUCUACCGUAUAGUGGAGAUGCUAAUAGACCAUCCGUCAAUCUCCCGGAACAUGCUGGGGACAGAGUGGUCCCGCACUCGCUACGUAGAUGACGAGAGUUUCGACUACUCCCCCGAUAUAUCACCUGUGAUACUAGCCGCCCACUGCAACCAGUUUGAGAUCUUACAACUUCUUCUGGUCCACGGGGCCUCCAUUGACCGCCCCCACGAACUGUCCUGCUCCUGUAAAAGAUGCCAGGCUAAAGUCCACGCAGACAGCCUUCGUCAUUCGUUACUUAGAAUCAACACAUAUAGAGCACUGGCCAGUCCGGCCUGGAUUUCACUGACCAGUUCUGAUCCAGUUCUCACAGCAUUCCAACUAUCUUGGGAACUCGACCACUUGGCCCUGAGAGAAAAUGAGUUUAAGGAUUCGUACUUAGAGCUAGGCCAGCAGUGCAAGAAAUACGCCUGUGAUCUUCUUGACCAGUGCCGCAGCAGUGACGAGGUCAUCGCGGUUCUCAACAAGACCAGCGAAGAAGAUUCCGAGUACGAGGACCAAUGUGAUGCCGACGACGACAAAUUAACUCUUUCCAGGCUGAAAUUGGCUUUAAAAUACGAACAGAAACAGUUCGUCUCCCACCCCCACUGCCAACAGCUACUGACCUCCAUAUGGUACGCUGGACUUCCUGGCUGGAGAAAACGAAACGGCGUGAUGAAAUUUUUGACAUGCUUCGGUCUGAUUGUCAUUAUGCCGUUCAUGUCACUCUAUUACCUCAUCUUUCCAAGGUCCAAGAUAGGACAACUCCUGAGAUCUCCUUUCAUGAAAUUUCUAUAUCACAGUGCAAGCUUCGGCGUCUUUCUCUUCCUAUUGGUAUGUGCCUCUACCGACAUCAUGAGCAACGAACCCAAGAGAGACAGACUCCGUGGCCCAGAGCCUUCAGAUCUGGAGUGGUUGAUUGUGUUAUGGGUGACGGGUUUUGUGUGGGCUGAGUGCAAACAACUUUGGGACGAAGGUCUGAAAGCUUACAUCCGACAAUGGUGGAACUGGUUAGAUUUUAUCAUGCUCUCUUUAUAUCUGGCCACAUUUGCCUUGAGAUUAGUGGCGUACAUUCAGAUCGAGUCUGGAAAAUAUGGCAAUCGCGAAUUGCUCAGAAAAGCUUGGCCCGACAAUGACCCGACUUUGAUCUCUGAAGGUCUGUUCGCUGUAGCCAAUGUGUUCAGCUUUGCAAGAAUUAUUUAUCUCUUUCAGGCCAAUCAACACCUGGGCCCGCUUCAAAUUUCACUUGGAUGUAUGCUAAUAGACAUUGCUAAGUUUCUGUUUAUCUUUUUCCUUGUUGUGACGUCAUUUGCUUGUGGAUUGAACCAGCUGUACUGGUACUACAAGGGAACUGGUGAGAAUGACGAAGACAUGUUCUUUACCCUGUUCUCUAGCUACGUGACGUUGUUCUGGUCAAUGUUUAGCAUGAAUAGCCCAAGCAAGUUGAAGCUAGAGAGUGGACAGAGCUUCACGAUGACCAUCGGGGAGCUGAUGUUUAUGGCGUACCACGCCAUGGCUAUCAUUGUCCUUCUGAACAUGCUCAUCGCCAUGAUGUCCAGCUCCUUUCAGGAAAUUGAGAAUCACGCAGACAUGGAGUGGAAGUUUGCCCGCUCUAAGUUGUGGAUGGGUUACUUUGACGAGGGCUCCACCCUGCCGUCGCCUUUCAACCUCAUCGUCAGCCCAAAGUCAAUCUACUACCUACUUGUGUGGAUCAAAGAUGGCGUCUCUGAAUGCUUUUGUCGGCAGAGGGCGCAGUACAACACGGGACGCCGGAAAUCGUCUGAAGGAACAAUCCGGUCAAAGAAAACAGUUGCGCCCUUGGAGCUGGACAUUUUCAAGACGAUGGAGAGUGGUGACGUGUUUAGUCAAAGGGAAAGGCCAACUUAUAAUGGGAUGGUCAGUUUACCUCAACUUGACCAGGACCACGUGGACACUCCGCUGGACAGUACGCAACAAUAUCAGGAAGUUAUGAGGAAACUUAUAUGUCGGUACAUUCACCAAACCAAGAAGCAGUCAAGACAAGAUGGUGUCAAUGAAGACGACUUGUUGGAAAUUAAACAGGAUAUUUCAAGCCUAAGAUUUGAACUUCGAGAAGACAGGAAACUUGAAAUGGUUCGCACCACUGGACACAUGGACAACCUCAGACGUGACCUCCAUCACACCAUCAGCCGUCUCUCCCCAACAGCUGCUCCCAUCAACGGGCUGUCUCCGAAUCGCGGUCUGUUUCAGACCACGCACUGCGGGAGGACGAUCUUUGACCCGCGUGGAAUGACUUCCUCAGGUGUGUCGCAGUCUCCUUCGCUGCAGAAGGAUGGCAGAAGCUCCAACAACACUUCCCAAGACGGAGGCGCUGAAUGCGCCAAGUCUGGUGUUGGACUGACUCUUCUGGACCUUGACUGCCUAAAAGCGGAAAUUCUAGCAGGGAUAAAAAAUGAGCUGAAAGAAACAUUGGCGCAGCUGCACUCUCCUGCGGGGUGCAAGACCAUUGCGAAGACGGCAGUGGCGCAAGGUCAGCCUCCUCCUUCGAUUUCGCCAAGCCAGUCGGGAACAAGCUCGCCCUACGGGGCAGACCUGUACCACACACAUCUCUACACCCAACUGUGAUAGGGCUUUGUCUAAAGUUUUCAGCGGUACUUAUUGCAAUAUACUGCAGGCAUUAAAGACUUGACGGAGUCGUGGUGUCAUAAUUGAAUUCUAUGGACAACUGUGUGCCAUCAUUAAAAACCCAUCUCACCAUCAUGUGUUCUCGCCUGAGCACUGGACAUAAAGCGAACCAACUGCUGCGCUUAAACUUAAAACAAAAUGCACUCCAAGUGUUUAUGAAUUUUAUUGAAAAGAAUUCUGUUUAUAUUUUAAUGAUCCAACUUAAUGUUGUCGUCAAAACAGCUGCGUCUCUAAUUAAAUAGGUGACAUUCAUAUCUGUACAUCUCUUGGGUCGUCCAAUGUACAAUGAACGUAACAUUGAUACAGGUCAGUGAUGAGCUACCGAACUGUUGAUAUAUUUUUAAAUAUAGUUAAAAAGUUUGUCGAACCUAAAAUGCCAAACCAUGAAGUCGUUAGACAUAAUCUUGUGCUGAUGUAUAGUGUUUGUCAUUUACAAGAACUGUAUAUAGAAAUAAAUUACAUUUAUUUUGAGAACUAA